GGUGACCCCUGCCUCCCCCUGCUGCUCAGAUGAGGAGGUGCCAGCGCAGCCCAGCUCCGAGCCGGGAGCGCGAGAUGUCAGGCAGGAUUUUUAGCAGGAAAUCUUCCGCACCAAAAAGAUGUUGUCAAGAGAAGAACCUUCAGGGCCCAAGCCCCAGAGCCCUGAACUGGAACUGAGCCACAAGAAACUGGGAGUUGGAGAGUUCUCUUUGGUUCUUCCCUCCAGACCUCUCCCUGUCUCCUCUAGUGAAAGCCAGAAGCCAUACAAGUGUGUGGAAUGCGGGAAGGGGUUUGGCCAGAGCUCGGACCUGAUGCGCCACCUGGGGACACACUCAGGGGAGAAGCCUUACAGGUGCACAGACUGCCCCAAGGCCUUCACGCAACUGUCAAAUCUGCGGCAGCACCAGCGCAUGCACACUGGGGAGCGUCCCUAUGCUUGCGACUGCUGCGGCAAGCGCUUCUCCUGGAGAUCCAACCUAGCCCAGCACCGACGCCUCCACAGUGGCCAAAAGCCAUAUGCUUGUGUCCAGUGCGGCAAGCGUUUCUGUGAAAGUGGACGGCUCCUGGAGCAUCAGCGCUCUCACACAGGGGAGCGACCCUACGCCUGCCCGCAGUGCUGCAAGCGCUUCAUCCGCACCUCCCACCUUGCUCGUCACCAGCGCCUCCAUGCUGCUGAAGGAGGCACAGAGCAGGACCAGCAGUGCUGUCCCUGCAGCGAGGGCACGGCCCUCCUCCUGCACCACCGUGCCCACUGCAAGUCAUCUUAAUGGUCCAUUGGUGCUGGAACACCAUGGCAGAAAGGGGGGGCUUCUAAAAACAGGAUUUUAUCUGGUUUCCUGGAUCACUACUUUUUUCAGCAUCCUGGAAUUGCCUCCAGGCAGAGUUUCCUGUUUAACCAUCAAGGCCGUAAGGUGAGUGCACAGUAUUCCAUAGGUCAGAGAAUCUACCACAAGAGAUCACGUUCUUUUCUUUUGGAUGCUAAUGUAAGCCAUUUUAUAGAUUCUUUAAGGGGAAGGUGGGAUAUAAAUAUCCUCAAUAAAGAGUGUCAGCUGUUCAGGCCAAGAAACAAGAUCUAUUUAUGAAA